AUGCAUGCGUCCGGAUCGCAAAUUAGUUCUCACUUUGAUUACCAGGCAGCUGCGGAUGAAGAGGACGAAAACUUCACUGAAGACGUUGCUUAUGCAAUCAACGAGCGGUUGACCAAGGUCGAUAUUGAACAGCUCUCUGGGCAUGAGCAGAUCCAAUUGGCAGACAUUGUCGAGUGUGCCGGGCUCGUUGAGAAACAACGUAGAUCUUUGGAUGAAAAUGGCGCUCGCUUUAUGCUCUUCUUCCGCCAACAUGCCCUACGGAAAGGGCGGACGAGCGAAAUCCAGAUGUCCUGGAGAGAGAUCAACUGGGCCUAUCAUUCCACGAGCCAGGACGUUCUCGUUGACUUUGUCACGAAACAGUGUCACAGCGGCAUUCGCUGGGAAGACGCGAAAGAAAGCGGCAUGUUCAUGUGGCUGGGUGACCGCAAUGCGUUGCGAGCGCAGUUUGAAAAUGUUGCUCGAAACGAAUACACCAACAGUGACGCGAAAAACCCGGUCGAUUGCAGUCUGUAUUACUUGGCUUUAAAGAAGAAAACGGUGCUCCAGGGUCUGUGGCGCAUGGCAUACGGAAAUCGUGAACAGGCUACGACUCAGCGCUUCCUCGCGAACAAUUUUGAUGAUCCAGUGUGGCGAACAAAAGCCCUCAAGAACGCAUAUGCUCUGCUCAGCAAGCGUCGGUUCGAGUACGCGGCCGCAUUUUUCCUCCUGGCGGAUCAUCUUCAGGACGCCGUCAAUGUUUGUCUUAAUCAGUUGCGGGAUCUCCAGCGUGCAGUUGCCAUUGCAAGGGUUUACGAAGGAGAUCAGGGACCGGUUCUAAGAAAGCUAUUGGAAGAAGAGGUGCUUGCUCUGGCGGCCAGGGAAGGCAAUCGUUGGCUCGCCUCUUGGACUUUCUGGAUGUUAAAUCGCAAAGACAUGGCUGUAAGGGCCUUGAUUUUGUUCCUCACAGACGACCCGGCUCUAGUGGUUUUGUAUGCCCAGCUGCGACAAAAGACGCUGCAGACGCUUCGCGGGGCCUCCAAGGUCACUCCUCGCGUAGAAUGGGAGUUUGUGCUACAUAGUGCGAAGCUUUACGACCGAAUGGGCUGCGACCUACUCGGCCUAGAUCUCGUCCGUAAUUGGGAGUUCUUGAAAUCCGCCAUAAGCAAAACGAACGGGUUGGGCGGCGAAAUCAAUCCGCUGAAGCUAUUGCGUCGCCGUAGUUCAUUGGUCGUUGCAGAUCUCCCAAUGUCGACUCUUCAUGUGGAGAUGAGAUCUGGCGUGAACAGGAGCAAGGAUUCAGCGCCGACAGUCUUCCAAGAGCCGGACUCAAGCUCACUGCUUGAUAGCUUCGGUUUCUAA